AUGACAAAGGCAGCUGUAGUCCUACCCGACACUUUCCUCGCUUCCUCUGAGUCUCCCGCAGCUUUUAGAAACUUCACCGAAGAGGAAAGGGCAGCUCCGGGGCGGCGGCUUCGAAGCCGCCGCGCUGCAACAGGCGUCGGCUUUCUGUGGGUGCUGCAAAAACUGAGCAAGGAAAUUGGGAGCACCAACCGCGCCCUGCUACCCUGGCUGCUCACACAGAGACAACAGCAUAAUAAGGCUUGUUGCCCACUGGAGGGGGUCAGGCCAUCACCCCAGCAGAUUGAAUACCGCAGUAAGUGUGAGUUUCUGGUCAGAGUUGGGGUGGAUGGAGAAGACAACACCGUUGGCUGAAGGCUCGGCAAGUACAAGGGCGGAACCUGCGAUGUGGCAGCCCCCUUUGACACUGUGCACAUUCCAGAGGCCACGAAGCAGGUGGUGAAGGCCUUCCAGGAAUUCAUUCAGUCCAUCCCAUACUCGGCAUAUGACCCUGAGACAUAUACAGGCCACUGGAAGCAGCUGACUUUUCGUACCAGCCGCAGAGGCCAGGCCAUGGCCAUUGCCUACUUCCACCCCCAGAAACUGAGCUCGGAGGAGUUGGCAGGGCUGAAGGCCUCCCUGGUGUACCACUUCAUGGAAGGGCCAGGCAAGGCCAGUGGGGUGACCUGCCUCUACUUUGUGGAAGAGGGACAUAGGAAGACUCCCAGCCAGGAAGGCCUGCCCCUGGAGCAUAUGGCUGGUGACCAGUGCAUCCAGGAGGACCUGCUGGGGCUGACCUUCCAUAUCUCCCCUCACGCAUUCUUCCAGAUAAACACACCUGCAGCUGAAGUGCUCUACACAGUCAUCCAGGAAUGGGCUCAGCUGGAUGGGGGCAGUACCGUGCUGGAGGUAUGCUGUGGCACUGGCACCAUAGGCCUGGCCCUGGCUCGGAAGGUGAAGAGAGUAGUUGGAAUUGAGCUGUGCCAGGAGGGUGUGGAGGAUGCCCAUGUGAACGCCCGUACCAAUGAGUUGAGCAACGUUGAAUUCUGCUGUGGCAGGGCUGAGGAUCUUGUGCCAGGCUUGGUGAGCAGACUGUCCUCCCAACAACUUGUAGCUGUCCUAGACCCACCACGGGCUGGCCUACAUUCCAAGGUGAUUCUGGCCAUUCAUAGACCUGAGAACAUCAAGCGACUCCUGUAUGUUUCCUGCAAUCCCCGUGCAGCCAUUGGCAACUUUGUGGACCUCUGCAGGGCCCCAUCUAACAGAAUAAAAGGCAUCCCAUUCCAUGGACCUAUUCCCACAGACUCCACACUGAGAGAUGCUCAUCCUUUUUGAGAUGAGCCGUGGACCUAUUCCCACAGACUCCACACUGCGAGAUGCUCAUUCUUUUUGAGAGGAUGGAACAACACCCUAACGACAUAGGAGCCCUGGGGCAUCAGGACUCUCAAACCCCAAGAAAUCCUCCUGAUGCCACCCCAAAGGAAACAGAGACUUCCUUCUCAUCCUAGGUCUUGGGAACUGCAGAAGUAC